AUGAAACAUGACAACCUGCUACUGCAUAACCUGACCCAACACUACCAAAAAAAUUAGAGACCUGAAGUCCUAUCAAGAACCUUCAAUUUGAAUGUAGCACUAACUCCAUUCCAAAUUCCUUGCUUGUCCGACUAUCUCAAGACAGAUGAUCAGACCUCUGUGUGCAAUGCUUCUCUUUUAUGUCCAAGAUAUAAAGAGUUCAGGACAUUCCUUCAUUGCUGCAAGCUUCCCUGAGGAGCAGAAAGGAAGCACAGGGGACUUGAUCUACAUGUACUGCCAGAAGACAACUGAGCAAGGGAAAAGGAUCUCAUUUGGAUCUCCAUGUACAUUAAUGGAUGUACACCUUAUGUGUAUGUGUUUCCUUUGCACAGAGGCCUUCCUACUGAACAAUACCAUGAUGUCACUCAGCUGGCCAAAAAAAAAAAAAAAAGCGAUGUGUGUAUGAAUGAUGAACUAUCAUUGUGCCUGCCAUUUUCCCCCUCUUACCCCUACCCUACACACAUUUCUAGGUACACCAUGUUCCCAAACUUCAGAUCACCUGAGGGUUGAGACACUGGGAUCAAUUCAAGCAGUCAUCAACCUUUCCAUCCCAGUAUCUCUAGCAAGACUUUUGACCUGGUUGUUCUGAGGAAGACCAGAGAGCUCAAAUAUAACUUUUCUCCAAUUAUAACCAAUAUGCUACAAAACACUGAAAGGGCUCUGAAGAUCACAACAUACAGUCAGGUCUUCAAAGCAUUGUAGAGGUGGCAGCUUUCAGGAAGGCCCAAAUUUGAACCCCUUCCAAAAUCGGCAUGUUCACUUUCCUAUGAAGACUUCAAGCCCAGAUAUUUGGAUCAAAAUACAAUAUUGAAAAACAGCCUAAGUAAGCCAAGCUUACCACUGGUUGUAAAGCAUGAAGAAAGUGGAAUUUUGUUGCACAGACUUUGCCAUAAAGAAACAUGUCUGCCUUCAUGGAGACCACAGGAUGGGCCAAGAGAGAUAACACUGCCUGAAUGGAUCUCCAGCUGUGAAGUUCCCCAGCUCCAGUCAGGGCUGAUGGAGCUGCAGCAUUCCCUCUCUAUGACAGCAGCACAAAAACAUGGACAUCGUUCUGUAAAAGGAGAGAGAGAAAAUCCUCACAGAUAA